AGAUCUCAUCUAUAUCCUUUGUGCCCCUGGAUAGAGACCUUGAAAGCCAUAUCUCAAAGUCGGAGAGCCGACACCGCCUCCGCCAAUCCGAGGCAACGCAUUCCGGAUGACCUAUCUAUGCGCAAUAUCACGAAGGGAGGCGCUGAGCACGAGGCCAGCGGGAUUGACGCAAUGCUCAACAGUUUUCAAGAGAUGGCUAAGGUGUCAAUUUGGGACUUGAGGGUAUCAGCCAGGGCGAGAAUGAUGUCGGCGAAUGGGAAGAGCGGCAUUUGGCCGAUGCCUUGAAUAGAAGCAAGGAGAGAUAGGCUUCGAAGGCUAUAUAAGGGAUAGAAAGAGGAAGAAGUGGUAGGAUCUCAGAGUCUGGUUCAUAUCCUGUUCGUUGCUUUGUCUCUCUCCAGGCUCAGCUUUCUGUCUCCUCCUCGGAUCACCAUGAAGAUCUCCACCCUCUUCCUGGGCGGCCUUGCUUCCCUCGCAGCCGCCCAAACACCGGCUCCGUAUACCGAUGCCAAAUCGGGCAUUACGUUCAACUACUUCGCGCAUAGCUCCGGCUACUUCUUCGGCAUCGCUCUUCCGGAGAACAGCACUGGAAGCACCGACUUCAUUGCGACCCUGGGAGGGAAGGGCACGGGAUGGAGCGGUGUCAGCUUGGGAGGUGUCAUGUUGAACAAGCUAUUGAUCUUGUCGUGGCCCAACGGGCAGAGCAUCGUUAGCUCCUUCAGGAAGACUGCGAACUACGGCUCUCCCGCCGUUGCAACCGGCACCUUCACGCAGACCCCCAUCGCCAACGGAACCUACGUCAACGGCACGCACUGGACCUACACUUUCCUCUGCUCCAAGUGCAUUCUCUCCGACAAGACGACUUUUGCUUCCACAGAGACCGCGCCUAGCCUUGGCUACGCGCUCAAUGCGGCCGCGCCUGCCCAGAAGACGACUCCAAGCGCCAGCGUGACCAAGCACACUGCGCAGGGCCAGGUCGUGUUCGAUUUGACGAAGGCGAAGAGUAAGGACUUUGAUACUUGGAAGAGCUGGGCUGUGCCGCCGAAGGUUGCGAGGGAUUUUGAGGGCUGAGCAAUGCAAUUGGCUGAACCCGAGGUGCCGUGACAAGAGGUCCACCAUGUCCUUCGAAACAUAUAAGGCGGGGAGCGAAUAAAGGAUUUGGAAUAUAUUUCCUCCAAUUUGAAAAGAAAAAUCGCCCAUACCUCUUGCUCCCUGAGCAUCUUUCGUCCUCUUUCUGCCUCGCAAACCGGCCGAUCUUCCACAAGUAACAAUAUCAUCAACAAACAGCUGUGCAUUCUCUAAACGAACAACAAAGCCCAGACAGCUAGACGGUCUAGACCCGCCC